UCUGGCAACACCGUUCACGCAACAUUGUGAGUGGCCACAUUAGCACGCUGCCGCAAAAGUAACUAACGUUGGUUGAAAAAUUUAGAAGGAUACAAGGUGUGAUCGUCCGCCGUUGCAGAAAUUUGUUGUUAUUUUUGUUCUAGUGAUUUGGUUGUAGCUGCUGUCGCCGCUGUCGCUACCGCUGCUUUUCGCUCUUCACCUCGCCGCUGAAAGUUUAUUCUCGAAUCAUGCCGACCGAUACGAUUGUAAAAGUGCAGGAAUAUAAGGAAACUUUGAUUACAAAGGCCGAGACAUUGAUCACGAAACGUUUUCCCGAGAAAAUUGUCCAGCUUAAUGAGUUGUUGGCCACGCCGAUGUUUAACGAGCGCAAUUUUAUCGAGGUGCAUCAGGACUUGAAUAUACCCGUAUUGGCCCCGGUCUUGGUCAAUAAGAAGUGCCCGGAAGAGGAUGAGGCCGCCGAAGGUAACGAUAACAAUGACCAUCCACCAACGAAAAGGGCGCGCAAAGACGUCAUUGUUACGGGAACGCCGGUCUUGGCCCUGCCCACGGGAUCAGUGCCGUGCAACAAACCGCUAUGCGAAAUGAUUACAGUCGUGAAGCCGAUUAUCCGUAAACUGGUGGAAGAUUCGAAUCUAUUGAAAAUGUGGAUUUCGUUCAUGAUACCGAAAAUCGAGGAUGGCAACAAUUUUGGCGUCUCCAUUCAGGAGGACACUCUCGCCGAGAUACAGACCGUGGAAUCGGAAGCAGCGGCCUUUUUUGAUCAAAUUUCACGAUACUUCCUAUCGCGGGCCAAGGUGGUCUCCAAGGUGGCCAAAUAUCCUCAUAUCGAUGACUAUCGACGUGCUGUUGUCGAGCUGGAUGAGAAGGAAUACCUCAGUCUGUGGCUGGUUGUCUGUGAAGUGCGAAAUCGCUAUUCCUCGCUGCAUGACAUAGUCAUUAAGAAUCUUGAGAAGCUGAAGAAACCCCGAUCUUCAAACACUGAAAGUUUAUACUAAGAAUGUUAGAUGGGAUGAAAUGCAUCGCCGUGAUUCACAAUAUAA